CCGGAGAAGAAGAUGGGCCGUUGACAAGAGAAGAAACCCUGUGGCUAUCUUGAGCUAGCUAAGUCACGUUAUCUAUACAUUUAGUAGCUUAACCCGUGAACGUGUUGUUGUGUUUUGUUCAGGCUGUGAUCGAAAAUGAUCCUCACCGUGAAACCGCUUCAAGGAAAAGAAUGCAGCGUACAGGUGACUGAAGAUGAAAAGGUCUCCACAGUAAAGGAACUUGUGUCAGAACGUCUCAACAUACCAGCAAACCAGCAGAGGUUGCUCUAUAAAGGGAAAGCACUUGCAGAUGAGCACAGACUGAGCGAUUACUCCAUUGGGCCAGAGGCUAAAUUGAAUCUGGUUAUCCGUCCAGUGGGAGAGAGGACUGGAGCAUCGGGGACAUCUGCCAGCAGCAGCAGCAGCAGCACACAGGGGAGAGUGUGGCAGACUGUGUCCACUAUCCUUGCUAGACACUUUAGUCCAGCAGACGCAGCAAAAGUACAUGAACAGCUUAUUAAGGACUAUGAACGCUCACUUCGACAACUUAGUCUCGACGACAUUGAGCGCUUGGCAGGAAGACUUCUUCACCCAGACGGCGAGGGCAUGGACCCUUCAUACAUGGACUAAGAGUGCCUAGCUGGAAGUUGCUUAUUGUAAUUGUCCUUUGAGAGGUGCUCCAUGCUUGGAGGUCCAUACAGUGUUUAGAGUGUGAGGCAUGGAAAGUACAGUAUCAGUUUUCUUGCAGAGAGCUCUAGCUGUGUGCCUAAUCGAUGACUGAGUGAGCACAUAUAACACUGACUGUUGUUUUUCAGCACUAGGGCUUUCUUAUUCAUGACCAAAGGAUUUGGAUAAGAAAACUUGGCAACUCUGAAUUGGUCAUUGAUGUUGCAGUAAUGACACAAGAACUGAUCACGUAAUAUUUGAAAACAAAGGAUCCAUUUAUGCUGUUGGUUUCGCAUGAUCUCUGGCUGCUACAUCUCCAGGGGGACACUAACUUCCACUGGAGGGUUUUUGUUAGUAAUGUCUGUGUUGAAUGAUAACUGGGUGUUUUCUUUUAAUCAUCCACGAGAAGGUUAUACAUGUUUUAUUCCGUAACUAACUGAUGUUUGUUGUAUGAUUUGUAAAUAACAUGUUUAUAUAUACAGACAUUAAACCACAGAAAACAGACAAGUGUAAAUGUUUUUU